AUGCAGCUUCUUGAAAAUGAUACUCGUUCAAUUUCAUCUUCAAAACUAUCUAUUUCACCACCGAGUAGUACUCCAUCAAUUUCGUCUAUGAUUUUGUCUAUGUGUCCAAUAUCAAUAGAUGUGAAUAAUUAUCCAUUAAAACACGACAAUCAACCAAUAACAGAAACAAAUUCAACUAAAUAUUCACUAGUGAAUACAGCCUUAUGUAAGAUAUGUAAAAAGGUUAACUCAUCAAAUCAAUUUGAUAUAUGUUUUCAAUGUCAGCAAAGUCAAGUACAAUCGAAUUCUUUUGAUGUUUCGUCAACUGAACAAAAGCCUAAUAACCAAAUAGCUGUAUCAAAAUCAUUUCAUUUUGGAAAAACAUUGAAUAAAGAUAAAAAGAUACUAGUGAAAAACAAUACUACAACAGAUGUCGCUGGUUUAUCGCAAGCUGACACUAAAGAACAAUUCAAUCGUAAUAAUCGUAUGCGUUUACUUAGUUCUAGUGAAACAAAGGAGUCUUAUACAAGUCUAUUUACCAAUUCUUUAUCUUCAUCCUCACAAUCAUGCUUAUUUCAACUUGUUUUUCAACCGCAACUUUCAAUUGAAGAAAGUCCUGUUCAAACAGUAAAAUAUUCACCAUCUGCUCCUGCUUCCGAUUCUCCUCCUGCUUCUGUUCCUGCUUGUGAACCUCGCUUACAAUGCAUAUAUCUUUCUUCGGAAGAAAUCGAUUAUUAUAAAAAACGUCAAAAAGAAUUAGAGCAUACUGUUACAGAACUUAUCGAACGUUUAAAAAUUCAAACAAAUGAAAAUAUCAAUCAAAUAUCAAAAUAUUGGUCUUAUCUAAAACAAUUAUGUUUGAAUGGUAUUCAACCACAAACAAAUUUUAAUCAACUAUGUAACUAUCUAAUAAAACCAAUCAAUUCAAAUAAACAAUUUGAAUAUUAUCUCAAACAAAAUGAUGAAAUUGGGGGUUUAUUACAAAUUAUAUCAAAUACAUUACAUAUAGUCCAAUAUAGACAUUCAUUGCCAACAAUAAAUCGAUUAUUUGAUUGUGAAGAGGAAAUGAUGAUAGAAAAUUUACGUUCUGAACUUGAAUUUUUACUUUCAUCUUAUUCUGAUGCACUUACAAUAAUUAAUGAAUUUAGUGGUUUCCCUCAAACUUCAUUACAAGAAGUGAACAAUUUCCAUUUGAGAGAAAUUAUUAAAAAUGAUUAUCCAUCUUUAGUUGAAAAAAUCUCUAAUGAUUUUAUUACAAAAGUUCCUCAAGUCGAUCAAAUGCUUGUAAAAAUGCUUAGAAAUGUAAAAAAACAUUUACUUUGUGAUAAUUUUGAUGUACCUAAUAAAAGUGAUAUUUGA